GUGGAUAGUGCUGUCAAACUGGGCCCACCCCUUCACCAGUCACAUUCUACGGGUGACUCAGCCAAUGACCUAGCCGCUUCCAGCUCGAAUGAUCGCAUAUCACGUCAUUACUCGCUGGCGCCGCAGUUUGUAUCGUUCGCCGGGGCUCUCAGAAAUGCAUCGGCGGUGUCAGCUGCUGGUAAGCUGGAUCGCUGUAUGGUAUAG